GGAAUUUCAAGAGGUGCUUUUGCAGAUUGCUCUUGAUAAGUUCCGCCCCGACGCCACCAGAUCGGGUUUCUUCGUGAAGAGUUCACGUGAGCCGGAAGGUGAGCCUUUGCCUCCGGACGAGGUUUUGUCCGACUCGUCGUCCGAGGCCAGUGAUGACGCGGAGGAUGUGGAUCACGAGGCGGCCGAAGGAGCUGCCGAUGAGCUUGGUCAUCAGUGGGAGCCUGAUCUGGGGCUGAGGGAAGAGCUGGCUGCUGUUCCCCUCUUCAGGAAUCGUGAUAGUCGCUUCAUUCAUGCUGCCGCUUCAGAGGAAGGUGACAAGUUCAAGUGCGGGAGGAGCAUCUCCACUCGUUACACCAGGUAUGAAAGGAGUGCUGCGAGUUCUGUGCAGUUUGUUUGUGCAGUGCAUGUAGCGUUUCUUGAAAGGGACUGGUCGUUUGCUGUGAUGGCCAAUUACUCUGAGAGUCUCUCUGUGCUGAAUGCUCGUUUGAGUGCUGUGGGCUUUUCUACAGAAGACAUUCAAAAGAUUUCGCCAGAGGUGGGCAACCUCAGGCGGCUGGCCUUCAUUUCAUCAUUCACUCCAGGGCAGACUGAUGAGGAACCACUCAUGAAGGUCCUCAAGGACAUUCUUAAGAGGGAUCUUGCGAUUGCAGACAAGGCCAACUGGAGGGCCAUCUUUAACGAAGCAUUCGCCAUCGUCACUGCAGAGAUGAAGCAGAGGGUCGAGAAAGCUGAUCCUGAAGCCACCGUUCGCCCCUUGUCACAACCGGAGCGAUCGGAAAGGUACGAGAGGCAGGCCAAGAAGCUUACGGGCAUUUCUUUGAAAGGCCCUUUGGAGCCGGCUGACGCCUUGGUAGACCUGGCGGUGGCCUCUUAUGAGGCCAACGAGUUGCGUUACAUUCCUUGGGAGAGGUGUGUUUCAAAGGAGGCUGAGCUGGCCGGGGAAAGGAAACGCGAUGUAAGGUUCACCGUGGAAGAGUCUUCAGGAAAGCUUAAAAUUGAGCAGAAGCAGCCGGAGCUUGUUGCAGAUACAUCGACGGAAAUUCUUGUGCAACAG